AGCGGAGGCCCCACCCUUUGUGUUACCUACCGCCCGUCAAUCAAAAUAGAAAAAAAUCAGACACUUAUCACUAAUUUCCACGCGUAUACAAUCAGUGUAAUCUGUUGAUCAUGUCCGGUGGCUUGUGACUAUCAGGACUCUCCGUUUUAGGACAAGUCACGCAAUGACUGCCCCAGAACAGCCAAUGAAAGCGGGUGAUAUGGCUGGCUUAGACGUGGACAGCAUUAAGAGCGACUUUAUGCAGCAGGAGGAAGGCAGGGGCAAUCAGACCUCAGAUCCAUCUACGCAGCUUACUGGGACAGAGAAAUGGGAGGUGUUAACCCCCACAACAGCAGCAAAAGAUGAGUCUGGAAUAGUACAGAUCCAAAGUCAAGGGAUAUUAACGUCAAAUGGGCAGUAUGUUCUUCCUAUCCAGAACUUACAGGGUCAGCCAAUCUUUGUGACAUCAGGAACGGACGACUCCUCUGCCAAUUCAGUGCCUAACAUUCAGUACCAAGUAAUUCCUCAGAUUCAGACAGCAGAUGGACAGCUGAGCUUCUCCACGGCCAGUGUGGAAGGACCAACCCUGACUCAGGAUGCUACGGGACAGAUUCAGAUCUUGCCUGAUGGUAGCCAGAGUCUCAGUGUGACAUCAACUGCAAGCAUCCUUAACAACAACCAGAACCUCAUUUCACAGACUGCUAACAUCCAGCAGAUCCAGGGGGUUUCUAUUGGCAGCUCCACCUUCAACAACCAGGGCCAGGUUGUUACUAAUGUGCCUGUGGGUUUGCCCGGGAACAUUACCUUUGUUCCUGUUAACAGCGUAGACUUGGACUCCCUUGGCUUGUCUGGUGCUCAAACUAUAGCAACAGGGGUCACUGCUGAUGGCCAGCUAAUUAUGGCAAGUCAGCCUGUGGAUGGCUCUGAGAGUCUGGCUAAGACAGAUGACCAUCUCUCACAGACACUACCAGUAAAUGACUCGAAUGCAAAUCCUGAGAUAUUUGUGCCAACGUCUUCCUCUCUACACGUUACAGCAAGCGAAGCAGGUCUGCUAACCCAGAACACUUCAUUACCAUCGGUGGCUACGGAGCAAGCCAACUCAAGUUCUGGUCUCCAAGAAGGCUUCGUCCAGCAAAAUCAGGAGCUAAAUGUCCAUGCGUCUUCAGCUCAGCCGAUCAUCCAGCUGCAGCAGGUUCCUGUUCAGACCACCAACGGCCAGGUGGUGCAGUCAGUGGCGGCAGGUGGGCAGAGUCUGCAAAAUGUGCAACUGAUCAACCCGGGAACCUUCAUCAUCCAAGCUCAGACAGUUACGCCAUCGGGUCAGAUACAGUGGCAGACCUUUCAAGUGCAAGGAGUGCAGAACCUCCAGAAUCUCCAGCUGCCCACCACACCACCCCAGCAGAUAACUCUUGCUCCAGUCCAGACCCUGUCCCUGGGUAACAUCAGCACAGGACAGAUCCCCAACCUGCAGACAGUCACAGUCAACUCAGUGGCCCAGCAGGAAGGAGACACCAAUCCCACUGCAGAUAUUCAGAUCAAGGAAGAGCCAGACUCUGGAGAAUGGCAGCUUAGCACUGAUUCUACCCUGAACACGAGCGAUCUGUCCCACCUCCGAGUCAGACUGGUGGAUGAGGAGGAUCAGCUUGGCCAAGAGGGCAAGAGGCUGCGCAGAGUGGCAUGUACCUGCCCUAAUUGCAGAGAGUCGGGUGGCAGAGGAUCUAGCAUGGGGAAGAAGAAGCAGCACAUCUGCCACAUCGCGGGCUGUGGGAAAGUAUACGGAAAGACAUCACACCUGCGAGCACACCUGCGCUGGCAUUCAGGGGAGCGACCUUUUGUUUGCAGCUGGAUGUUCUGUGGGAAGAGGUUCACACGCAGCGAUGAGCUGCAGAGGCACAGGAGAACACACACAGGAGAGAAGAAGUUUGUCUGCCCAGAAUGUUCCAAGCGCUUCAUGCGGAGCGACCACCUGGCGAAGCACAUUAAAACUCAUCAGAACAAAAAAGGCGUGAACUCUGGCAGCGCCGUGGUGGCCUCGAUGGAAUCCGCAGGGUCCUCAGACAGUAUCAUCACCACGGCAGGCGCCACCCUCAUCCUCACCAACAUCCAGCAGGGCUCCAGCAACGCCCAGGACAUCCUAGCCAACGCAGAGAUCCCACUCCAGCUCGUCACCACAGUAGCGGCCAGCGAAGUCAUGGAGUGAUUUACACUCCGCUUAUGAACUUCCGCGACCUCCCUCAUACUGUAUACUCCUACCUGCAUUUUUAUUCAAGUUUUGAAGGAAAAAACUAAAAUUAUAAAUAUAUAAAUAUAUAUAUUUUAACACAGAAAUAGUCAGUCCGUGUCCAUCCUCAGUGCAUACUGAGAGAAAACAAGCAAAGUUGGAAAAAGACAUUGCAGUAAACACACAAGGAAAUGCCUUAUUUUGUACAAUAUUGUGUAGUUGAAAAAUGUAGGAUUCCACUUUCUUUUUAAAUUUACUUAUUUGUUAAUAAUGUGAUUUUCAUGAAAAUGAUUGGUAAGUUGAGCAGUUUUUUUUUCUCCUCGCCUUUUGUUGAUGGUGUAUUUUGAUGAUGUCCUUCAUAAUAGGCAAGACCCCCCCCCGCCCAAUAUCCCUGUGUGUAAAGACUAAAUCUCAUAGCAGAGCUAAUUUUAUCCAGCUGAAACAAAGUUAUUGUUUAUGCCCAUGCAAAUUUUACAUUUUUUAAAUUAUUAUUGUUAUUAUUAUGCAUUCUUGUUUCCUUCCAGUCUGCUUGCAAAGCCCUCCUUCCUCCCUUUUUAAUGAGUUUGCUCAAGCCUACUACAUUUUGCAGGUGAAAAUGGAAAAACAAUCAAAUUUUUUGUAUUUUAAUUCCUCUUAACAUUUACUGUUGAUAUUAUACACAUUAUUUGCAUAUGAAAUAUUUUGACUGAAGAGCCAUUUAUAUCGGGCUUUACAUAAACGACGCGUUUGCGCCAUUGAAGGUUUAGAACAUUUCAAAUGGCUCCAUUAUAUGUAAUUCAUGUGUUUUGGGGGGGUUUUGUAAAAAAAAAAAGAAAAAAAUCCUUUUUGGAGGAUUUCCAAAUGAAAAUAUGUUGUAAUAUUAAGAAAAAAAAGCCAUUUUUCUGGAGGUAAUUGCCAAAUUGAAAACCAAACUCAGGGUGACUUGUGACUGUGUGAUGUAAGUAAAGUUAAAUUACCCCUGUAGCUUCUCGGGCCAUAGCGGGAUGUUGUGGGAAAAAUUGUUUUUUUUGAUGGAUGGAAAAGCUGAGGCGAAUGAAGCUGUCAUCAUGUUACCUAUGCUCAUUUGAUCUUAUCAUGUCAGCUGUCCUUUAUAUUAUAAUUUUUCUUUUAAAUAGGACCCACCUGUUCAUGUUAGGAAGAAGUUUUCACCAGGAUCUGGCUCUAUCGGUCCUAUCGCGCACUUGAAAAAUGUAUGUAUUGCUAAAAAGUGGUACUCCUUUAAACGUCACUGCUCUCAACACUUUAAUCUUGUUCAGAUUUUGUAUAAAAAUGUUUUGUAUGUUUCCCAGCAAACUGUCUGUUAUACCCACUGUCAGUAAAUGUGCAUUGGUUUUUUUUUUUCUUUUUCUUCUCGUGUUGUAUUUCUUUAUCUGCAUGUUACAUUCCCUUGUAGUGGGUUAUCCAUUUAUGUCUCUUAUUUCUUUCUUCUACUGCCACCUUCCAAACUGCUUAACUAUUAAAUUGAAUACACAUACACACUGAACAGUAAAUUUACUUGUGGCAUAUUUAUUCUUUAGUUUUUUCCCCUAUUUUGAGACAGUGAAAAAUAUAUAAUGUGAUCAGGUUUACUCCCAUGGCCACUUGUUCCUCUUCAAGAGAUAUUAAAAUGCCAUCUGAGACGAAUAGCAAGAAAUGCAUGAAGAAGAAUCUUCAUAUUCUGUGCUAAACACUGAAGGUUUAUCCUCACUCCAGUCUUCUGUAUAAAUAUGUCAAUAUAGCAUCAAUAUAAAUGUUUCUGUUAUACUUGAAUGCUCUUUAUUUUUUGAUUUCUUCAUUUUUUUUUAAUGUAUCUUGGUUGUACCAUGUCUGCUGUCUGAGGGCAGUUUGAUAUUUCAUACUAA